UUUCCUCCCUUGCUAAUAAGUCUCCAGCACUGACACAUGAACCUUCCACCAUUAUACAUCUCCUCCUCCUCCUCCUACUCUCUCCUUUCCUCCAUUCGUAUGUGGAUUUCUUAGGGUUCAGCUUCCAUUGCUAUUUAUCAACUAGACAUAUAGAAUGUAUAUGUGUCAAGUUCGGGAAGGAUGAAAAACAGCAGUUCCAAGCAUCGAAGCAGAAGCACGUUCAGAAACAUGAUGAGGUUCUCAUUCUCUUGCUCUAAAUGCUUCUCUUCUUCGUCUGACAUCCCCACGGAUAAUGCACUAAUGCAAGGUUUGCAAGUUCUUCAAAAUGCGCAUGCUUUCUCGUUUAAUGAGUUGAAAGUCGCCACCAAUGGAUUCCGUUCAUCAAAUAAAAUUGGGGAAGGCGGAUUUGGCUCUGUAUAUGAGGGAAUCCUGCAAGAUGGGAGAAUGGUUGCCAUCAAAAUGCUUUCUGCUGGAUCAAAACAAGGAGACAGGGAGUUCAUCUCUGAGAUAGCUUCAGUGUCCAAUAUUAACCAUGAAAAUCUUGUUAAGUUACACGGUGGAUGCAUUGAUGGUCCUUAUAAGAUUCUCGUUUAUGAGUACAUGGAAAACGGCAGUCUUGCUCAAACUUUGCUUGGUUCUGAGGAAAAAAGAGCUAAAUUCAGGUGGGAAACAAGGAGAGAGAUUUCGUUAGGCAUUGCUCAAGGUCUUGCAUAUAUUCACGAAGAGAUCAAGCCCCGUAUUGUGCAUCGAGAUAUAAAAGCAAGCAAUAUACUCUUGGAUCAGAACUUGUGUCCGAAAGUUUCAGAUUUUGGUCUCUCUAAACUAUUUCCUGAAGAUUUUACUCAUGUCAGUACACGAGUGGCUGGCACAUUGGGAUAUCUUGCACCGGAAUAUGCCGUUAGUGGCCGUCUGACCCGGAAAACAGACGUGUACAGUUUUGGAGUGCUGCUUCUUGAAAUAAUCUGCGGGCGAAAAGCUGUUGAUUUCGAUCCAGAACUUGGAGAACACUACCUGGUGGAGAAGGCAUGGCAAAUGUACAAGACCGACAACCUUCUAAAACUAGUGGAUCCGAUGCUAAAUGCCGACUUCUUAGAAACAGAAGCUGUUGGAUUUGUAAAGAUUGCCUUGCUCUGUGUACAAGAGAAAUGUGGGCUUCGACCAAGUAUGUCAAUGGCAAUCAAGAUGAUGAGAGGUGAAAUCGACGUCAACAACAUGCAAAUAACUCAACCAGGAUUCAUCAUCGACAUCAUGGACGUGAAAAUAGGCCGUAAAUCACAGAGCUCAGUGCAAAGCAUCACAAAUAGGUGCCGACCUCGGCUACACCCUUUGUGA